CUUGAAUAGCUUUCGAUCACGAUGGUUUCUCCGAGUUCGGAUCCUUUAAGCUCUUGCCUUCCUUCCUCCCAGGCAGCCAGGUACGGGAGUCAGGUCUCGGCGGAGUGCUCUGUGUGCCGUGUCCUCUUCGCCCUCGAGGCUGCUGCCUUCAAGCCCGACGUGGCCCCCGUCUGCGUCCACUGUAUGCUGCAGCGGGAACCGGCGAGGAGUACCGGGAGAGAGGGCUCGGAAGAGGUCGAGAACAUGUCCACCGACAGCGGCAAGCGCAAGAAGUCCUCCAAGAAAGUAACGUUCGCUAUCGGCGGCAGCAUCCAGUACCCGGGCCUCUCAGUGGAGUCCAAGGUCUCCCGCUGCCAGGCCUGUUCAGGAAACGUUACCAUUGUCAGAACUGCCUCAUCUCCGUCGUCGAAGAAGGCGAUGUCCGCGGGAGCGAAGAGAUUGGUCAGAUCCAGGACGAGGCCAAAACCUGUGCUCUGCAUCAGCUGCUGCGGGAAAUCGGCUGGCGAAGACAGCCUGCUCAGCAAGAUCUUGUCCCAGGACCUGUUGUCCCCUCUCUUGGCAAAAUAAAU